ACGUAAGAUCAGUAUAACAAGAACCAUGGUCAUGGAUAGUCGACGGUCUGAAACGAUUGCAAAUAUUAAUAUUUGUUACUAAUUAAUUAAAUUCUAUAACAAAGUCAUGACCGAGGGUGCACUAACAGUGACUAUGAUGUGAUGGAAUUACCGAAGGCGAUGGAAUUGAUCCGUAAAGAGGCAAAAGAUGUUCAUAUUAAUGAAAAAUAUAUGAAGCCAUUGGCGGAGAACGUGAUGACGCAGAUUCAGAGGAAUUUCAUACAAUAAAUGUUUUGUACGUCGUCUAACAUAUGUGACUGAUACAGUUAUAUUGAAUUUUACACUCUGGUAUUCAAAGGGUACUGAGCAAUGGAAUUGUGGUGCAGAAGGAUUUCCUGGAUUAUGUAAUGCUAUAAGACGGGCUAUUUAUAAGCAUUCCAACCAUUCGAUAUUCUCCACGUCUGAUGAAACUCUUUCCUAUUGAAAAAACAACAAAAUCGACGAUAAUCAUUGGAACGAAGCAAAAAGAAUUGAAAUUAUGGAUACCCUCGACGAAUAUAUACUUGGCAAAUUAAACUUUCGACUAUGCAAAUUGACAGACACAAAUUUGACAAACAUGUGUAUAGAUAAUGUCUUACUACGUAAAUGUGGCCAAGAAAUAAUUUUAGUGAUUAUAUCACAGCGUGGCCAGGAGACUAGAUCUACGUUGCGAUAUAAUAAAUCUACAACAUUCUAUAUUCUUUGCUACAACAUAUUUUGGAAACCAAAUUACGUCACAAAAAUUUUUGAAAAUGCAAGAUGUUUUCACAUAUGAUUCAAGAAAUUGCCGAAUAUUUUUGUCGACCAACUAUCAAUAUACAGAUCUUUGUAUUUAUGUCUUUGGUGCACAAACAGCCGUAUCAUUCCAAUAAAAGCUAUAGAAAUCAGUAUAACAAAAAGCAUCAUCACAGAUACAUUGUAUAGUGCCGAAGCGAUUACCAAAUAUAAAGUAAAGUCAUGGCCGAGGGUAUUAGCAGUGACUAUGCUGUGAUGAAAUUAUGGAAGGCGAUGAAAUUGAUCAAAAGGGAUGCACAAGACGUUUUUAUCAUCGAGGAAAAUAUCCCAAAAGUAGCGGAAAUGGUGGUGCAAUAUAUAUUAGAAAAUAUCAAUUAUUUUUAUCUAAUUAAUAACAAUGUUGUACGGCUCAAAUCCACAUAUCCGUGUGUUGAGGUACCGAUGUUGGUAGAUUGGAUAUUUGUGUUGCAUACAUUGAAUUUUUCACUCUGGUAUCCAAAAGGUACUAGGCAAUGGAAAGUUGAUGGUAAAAAGGGAUAUUGUGGAUUAUGCAUAGCUAUUAAACGAGCCAUUGAAGAUGGAAAACCUAUAUGGAAUCCUGAAUAUUACACAAAAAUGACAAAAAGUGAGUUAAAAUGUAUUUUACAAAGUGACGAUGGUGAACCUGAAAUUCCACUUAUAGAUGAAAGACUUAGGAUUUUACAUGAAGUUGGAGAAGUUUUGUUGCAGAAGUAUAAAGGAACUUUUAUGGAAUGUCUCAAAUUAUCCGAAUACGAUGCAGACAAAUUGAUGAAAUUACUUUUCGAUGAAUUCGAGUCAUAUCGGGACGAAGUAAUAUACGAUGGAAAAAAAGUUCGUUUUCUUGCCAAGGCUCGAUCACUGGUGUGCGAUAUAUGGGAGUACUUUCAAAACAAACUUUUAUUUAAAUUAAAUACAUCAAAGAUGGUGUCUGCAAUAUUCAUUGAUUAUUGUAUUCCUCAAGUAUUAUUUAAGCUUGAACUUAUAAGUUACAGUGAAAGGCUCGUGGAAAGAUUUGCAAAUAACGAUGAACCGCUUGAGCAUGGAAGCAGGGAAGAAAUUGAGAUACGCGGUUGUUCACUCUUUGCUGCCAAAGAAAUAUCUAAAGAAGUGAAUAGACAAAUUCAGCGUCACGUACAAAAACACCCUAUUUUAAAGGCACAAGAGUUUAUUAACACACAGAUUGUGGUGGAUAAUUUCUUUCUUACAAAUGUCUUUCUUGAAACUCGUAAUAAAUUGUUGAAAGAAUGCCCGCUCCAUUAUAUUAGAAGCGUGCACUACUAAAACACUUAUUAUAUUUUUUAUAGCAUUAUUAAUUUACGAAUCAUUGAUCAAAGUAUUGCCACUGCUUUUGUAAUAAUGUUAUGCUGAUGUGCACAUAAAAAUGUCAGUGAUAUUAUAAAAUACUUAUGUAAAAUUUUCUUUCAAAAAAUUAUGAG